CAAUGACAGCUGACAAUCUGAAGUGCCAGUAAUGCCAGUGCGUGAAGUUAAGUAGUUCAAACUCAAAAUAGAAAACAUCUAAUUUUUCUGAAGAGAAAAGACAAAGUUUCUGUAAUUAAGUCUUGAGAUUACAAUACGAUGACAUCUCAAUUAAUUGAUAAGUUUAAACAAUUAGAUGCGUAUGCAAAGACAUUAGAAGACUUCCGAAUAAAAACUGCAACCGGCGCAGCAAUUACUGUAGCCGGCGGACUGUUAAUGGUGUUAUUGUUUCUAUCUGAGCUGUAUACUUACAUGUCACCAAAUAUUUCCGAAGAACUAUUCGUAGAUACAUCAAGAGGCCAUAAACUACGAAUAAAUUUAGAUAUUAUCGUCCCAACAAUCUCAUGUAAUUAUUUAGUCCUUGAUGCUAUGGAUUCAUCAGGAGAACAGCAUCUACAAAUGGAACAAAACAUUCACAAGAGAAGAUUAGAUCUCAAUGGAAAUCCUAUAGAAGAACCAAAAAAGCAAGAAGUUGCCACUUCUACUACAGUGAAACAAAACAUUUCUGAGGUGGCAGUAAUCACAUGUGGCAGUUGUUAUGGAGCAGCACUCAAUGAAUCUCAAUGUUGCAAUACCUGUGAAGAUGUGAAAGAAGCAUAUAGAAUAAGAAGAUGGGCUUUACCUGAUUUGUCUACAAUAGAGCAAUGCAAAAAUGAUGAAUCUAUUGAAAAAACAAACUUAGCUCUCAAAGAAGGCUGUCAAAUCUAUGGCUACAUGGAAGUCAACAGAGUCGGCGGAAGCUUCCACAUAGCCCCAGGAAAAAGUUUUACAAUAAACCAUGUGCAUGUCCAUGAUGUGCAGCCAUAUUCAUCAUCAGUUUUUAAUACAACACAUUUUAUAAGACACUUAUCUUUUGGAACAGACAUCGAAGGCGCCAACACUGCACCCUUAGAUGGAGUUGAUGGUAUAGCUAAGGAAGGUGCUGUUAUGUUCCAAUACUACCUUAAAAUAGUUCCAACUAUGUAUGUAAAAUUAGACAGAACAGUUUUACACACCAAUCAGUUUUCAGUUACGAGACACCAAAAAUCAGUGUCAAACAUAAAUGCAGAGUCAGGCAUGCCUGGGGCGUUUUUUAGCUAUGAACUUUCACCACUUAUGGUUAAAUAUACGGAAAAAGAAAGGCAAGUGUCUUUGUAUCAACAAUGUACAUUUUAUUUUUUUCACUUAUUCUAUACUAAGCAUAUAUUUUUUUUUCAGGUCAAUUGGUCAUUUUGCAACUAAUAUCUGUGCUAUAAUUGGUGGAGUUUUCACAGUCGCAGGAAUCAUUGAUGCUCUUUUAUACCACUCUUUAAAUGCUUUUCAUAAUAAAAUUGUAUUAGGAAAAACUGGUUAAGUUAUAAAGUUUUCAAAAACAUAUUAAAGUCAUUAACACUACAUUUUGCAAAGUUUUUGCAAAACUCAAUAUCUGAAUCUUCAACCAGUGAUUUAAUAGGAAUAUAAUUUUCUUUUUUAGGAUCAUACUGAGCACGGCCCAAUUUUUCUAAAAAUAAAUGCCUUUGCUUUAUUCUAAACUUUCUGCACAUUAAUAUUUCAGGAUUUUGUUGAAUUGUGAAAUGUGAAAUUUUCAUUGUGUUGUGGAUGUAGUUGAAUCUUUCAAACAGGGACCUUUGAUCUGUAAAGAAACACUCUAUAAAUUAUUGGUGUUAUAAUAACAUUUGUAGCAAGCAUAUGAUAUCAUCUGACUUAUUAAUUUAGACAAAACUGUAUGAGUUAUUUUUACUUUUUUUAAGUUAUUACAUUAAAGAAAAAUUACACACUUAUU